UGCCAGGCACCGGCCUGCUGAGGUUCGUUUGUGACAUGAGAGCACGGGCACGGAUUGUUCUCCUGCUGGCACUUACAUACGUGCCGACAUCAUGUCCAUUUGUUCUGCAGCUCAUGCCGCCGCUGCGAUCUAAAUGCAAAUGCGAAGUACAUGCAACGGAGAGAUCAGUAGCAGAUCGAGGAGCAGGACGAUCGACCAUGGAGCUGGGACCGUUACAGCCCAGCUACGGACUGCGAGCAUCGACUAAAACCCCAGUGGUCCCAGUGUCACCGGUGACAACGCCGGCGAAUGAUCAGCUACCCGAAUGCCUACAGAGCGACGCCGUUUCCCACAUUCGAAACCCAUCAACAGGGUCGGAGAUCUGGCUGCUGGGAAUUAUUCACCAAGCGGAGCCUUAUGUGCAGUUGGUACAGAGCGUGAUCCGGGAGAUCAAGCCACAAGUCGUGAUGCUGGAAUUGGAUGCAGAGAGGACUUUCCUUUUGCCCCCAGGGACACCAUAUCAGGGUGAGGACAAGCUCUGGUGGUGGAAACCUGCGAAAGCUAAAGGGCGGAGACCUGGAGCUGUCAGCAACAGGAAGAAAGCGAAGCCCCGAAAGACGACACGAAACCAAAGAAAUUUUUACCAGGACGAACACGUAGGCGUCAGCGAAAUAUGGACAGCAGGCCGCGAGGCCCAGGCCUGCCGAGCGCGGGUUCUUCUUGGCGACAGGAGCAACGAGGUGUCGAAACGCCGAGAGCGAGAGGCGGAACGUGCUGACUCUCAGAUGCUUGCCGAGAUCACAGGCACCGAGCGGAAAGAGCUCGAGAGAGCUGGGAAGGAGUUGCAGAAGUUGACGGCACUGAUCGAGCGCCGACGGUCCUUUGGAUUCGAGGUGUGGGGGAAGGAGGUUCAGCCUAGCCGGCUUUCAUGCCAGAGACGCGCGCAAUUGUCCGAAAGCACAGCGAGUGGUAUAAGCUCUUGGGGCCAAAGGAGUUCGACGUUGUUGUCCGCGAGCGAGACGAGGUGAUGGCCAGCAGUCUCAUGGCUUUGGAACCGAGGCUGGGACUGGAAGCGAAGCACGCAUCCGUGGCAGUGGUCGGAUCUGCCCACCUUGAUGGCAUGGAAGGCAUCCUGGCAGCAAACGGCUAUGAUAUCCUCACGUAGUCCACGCCCCGAGAUAAUCGUUGUUUGUGUUUAGCGCUUGGGUGGUCAGCAGCGCCAGGCUUUGAAGUCGAAGGACCAGAGGCCUUGCGGUGGUUUGCCAGCGCAGCUGCCGUGACUUGUGGCGGGGCUAGGCUCAAUAUUCCUUAGUGAACCAAGGGCAUUGCUUCUUUCCCGGGUUCUAGGCCAAU